AGCUCUCACGGGGGAAGGAUGUCGCUGCUCCUCCGCCUCACCCACCCUCUUCCCCCUCCCCAUCACAGCAUUCCACCCACCACUAAGCUCCCCCGUAAAGCUUAACCCCCGGGACGCUUACCACCUGGCGAGUAAGCCGUGCAAUGUCACCUGGGGGAGUGAAGCCAAGGGGACGUGUGGGAAUACUGCGUUUUGGAUUAGAAUGGAAAAUCCUUGUAGUCUUGUGUUAGUGACGAUAGAACUGACUAACCCGCUGGUGUGUGAUGCUCGUGGAUAGUACUGUUGAGAGGGAUAGUGCUGAUGGAUUACUACUACGACCACUAACGUUAUUUCUCCCCUCCCCCCUCUCUCUGUGUGUCUCCCCUCGUCCUCUGCUACUAAUGAAAAGGUAGGAAGAGGGGAGUCUUUCCGUGCCAGACGAUAAAAGGGUACACUAUUCAAGCUUUAAAGGAAGCCUGAGUGCUCUGAGUGAAGCUUCAAUGUCCGUCUGUCUGUCAGGAUGGUGAUGUACAGUGCUCCCUGACGGAGAUGAAGGAAAAAAUGGUGAAAAAUUACGAGGGGAAAUGUUUCGCCUGACAAGGUGAAGUGAAGGUGAAUGUUACCUGUGUUUUAAUUAAGGUGAAACUGUGGUGAUUCAAGGUGAUGGUGUGACUUGCAGAGUGAGAGCCGAGCAAGGAGGCGCAGGGCAAUGAGAGAGGCGCAAAGUGAGGGGAGAGAAGGGACUGUCUGCCACACCAGCGAGGAGAGGUGUGUUACCUGGCCGAGUAUUUGUGGGAGUGAGGCGUGAGGUGUGAGGGAAGGUAAAUAUAGAGGCCCCAGGAUAUGGUUGCCAAGUGGUGGCGCUGACGGGGCGAGGACAAAUGUUGACGAGUGGCGAGUGACGAGUGACGAGUGAGAGGGAGUGGUGGCGACGUGUAAGGAUGUGCCAACACGUAAUCCACGGGAGGUAAUGGUCUUAAAGUGAGACGUGACUGUCCGUCCGCCGCGGCCGCUCGCCACGCACCAGCCUCAGCCUGCCUGGCCUCAGCCUCCCUCCCCGCCUCCGCCGCCGCCGCCGCCGCCGCCGCCGCCGUGCUACAGUGGCUGGCUGGCCUCGCCGCGGAACGCUGUGCUGCUGGUGACCCGCGGCGCCCGCCUCACGCCGCACCUCGCCGGGAAGGCCCCGGCACUCAGCAGGCAGGACAGCAUCCCUCAGUGGCAGCGCAGUGCAUCAGUGAGCCGGGACAGCGAGGCCGCCGCCAGCCGGGCAACGCGUGUGUGCGUGCGUGUGUGCGUGCGCGAGGGUCCGAGGCAAGGAGCAUUCGGUACACAAACAAAGAGAGGAAGGCCGCCCUCUCCGGGACGCCCCGGCCCCCGCAGCUGCCGCCACCACGCCCCUGUGCCUGCGUGGGCGUGGCGGUGCCCUGCAGAGCAGCCCUGGAGGUGCCGCCGCCCGUGCCGCGCCUCGGCCAGGGUGCAGGCGAGCGCGGGCGUGCGUCAGAUGCCCGCGGGGCUACACCGCCGCUGCUGCUGCGGCCCUCCUCCCCUCUGGCCGUCAUCGAUCACCACAGCUCACCGCCACCACACCAGUCCCCCCCACCCCCGGCCCCCCCGCCACGUGCCCCCCACACCUGCGCACCAGCACGUGCCGCCAGUCCGUGGCGUGAGUUAGUGCGGGGCAGGCGGGGCGGCAGUGCUCGGGCGUGCCGGCCCCACGCCUCCCUGAUGGCGGGCGUCCCCGGCCUGCCGCCGCUGCCACUACCGCUGCUGCUGCUGAUGCUGCUGGCGCUGGCGGGUAGCGGCAGCGGGCGCCCCCCAGAUUGUGAGUGGCGCCUGGAGAACACCAGCGUGACGGCGCGCACCGAGCAGCAGGUCAGCACCUCCUGCCGCGUAAGGACGCUCACCCGCGACCUGCUCACUGCUACCGGCGACGCAGACGGCGAUGGCGGCGGCGACAAGGGAUCGGCGCUGUCGGCGCUGGCACAAGCGGCGCACGUGACGGCGCUGUCGCUGCACUGCGCGCGCCAGGUGGUGUUCGAGUCGCACGUGGAAGCGGGCAUGUUCGGCGUGUUCCCGCGCCUGCAGGAGCUGCACAUCCUGGGCUGCAAGGUGACGCAGCUGCCGCCGCACGCCCUGGCGCGCCUGCCGAACCUGCGACGUCUCACGCUGCGCGCCCACCACGAGGACUGGCCCACGGCGGCUCUCGCCGUGCACCCCGAUGCCCUCAGCGGCCUGGGGCGCCUGGAGACCUUAGACCUGGCCCACAACGCCCUGUGGGCACUGCCCGCCGCCCUCCUGUGUCGGCUGCCCGCCCUCGCUGCCCUUAAUCUCACCCACAACCGCCUGCACCACCUGCCGGACCUGGGUCUGGGCGCCGCGGCGUGCGGAUCGCCGUUGCGGCAGCUGGACCUGGCCCAUAACCAGGUGUCGGAAGUGCCCGCCGCCGCGCUGGCCGGAGCCGCGGAACUACAGACGCUGUCGUUGCGCCACAACCGCGUCGCGCACCUCGCCGACACCGCCUUCCAGGGGCUGGCCGCGCUGCGCCGCCUCGACCUGUCCCACAACAGGCUGGUGGCGGUGCCGCGCUCCGCCUUGGCUGACCUCACGCAGCUGCGGGAGCUGCGGCUGUCGAACAACUCCUUGGGCGCCCUGCCGCCUGACGCCUUCGCCGGCCUGACGCAGCUGCUGACACUGGACCUAGCGCACAACCAGUUGACGUUCGGCCCCGCCGCGGCGCGCCCCUUCACGGGCCUGAUCCGCCUGCGCGUGCUGGACCUGUCGCACAACCGCCUGGCCGCGCUGGCGCCGGACUCCUUCCGCGGCCUGUACUCGCUGCAGGUGCUGCGUCUUGGGCACAACAGGAUGGCCGUGCUGCCGGAUGGCCUGUUCGCCGGCCUGAACAACCUACACACACUGGCGCUGGGCCACAACCGCCUGCGGCAGGUGUCGCGGCGGUCGCUACAGGGCCUGGUGGUGGUGACGCACUUGCUGCUGCACCACAACCUGCUGGGCUCUGUGCACCCCGCGGCACUGGACAACUGCUCCUCGCUGCAUCACCUCAGCCUGGCCCACAACCUGCUGGACCACGUGCCGCAGGCCGUGUCCCGCGCCCCGCUGCUGCGCACCCUGGACCUUGACCAUAACCUGCUCACCGCGCUGGAGGAGGGCGUGCUGCGUGGCCUGACGCACCUACAGGAGCUGCGCGCCGCGCACAACCAGAUCGCGGUGCUCAACAGGACCUCUUUGAUAGAAGUGCCCGCGCUGCGCUUGCUGGACCUGUCCCACAACGGGCUGGCGGCCGUGGAGUUCGGCGCCCUGGAGGCCACGCCGCGCCUGGCGGGCCUCAGCCUGCACCACAACCUACUGGGGGACCUGAACGGCUUGGUGGGCGAGCUGCAGAACCUGACGUGGCUCAACGCCUCGCACAACGCCAUCACGUGGUUCGACUACGCGCUGCUGCCGCGCAACCUGGAGUGGCUGGACCUGAGCCACAACCAGCUGGCGCAGCUGGACAACUUCUACCAGCUGGAGCAGGCGGUGGGGCUGCGCGUGCUGUACGCGGCGCACAACAACAUCUCGGACAUCUCUGCCAGCAGCGUGCCGGACAGCGUGGAGGAGCUGCACCUGCACCAUAACGCCAUCUCCUACGUGGCCUCCAACACCUUCCUGGAGAAGGCCAGCGUGGCGCUCAUCGACCUGCGCCACAAUAGCCUCACUAUCCUGGAGGAGGCCGCCCUCAGGCUGUCCCCCCGCCAGGCGCCGCCACCCCUGCUGCUGCUGUCACACAACCCCCUGCAGUGCGACUGCGCCGCGGACUGGCUGCUACGGGCGGCGGGCGCGGUGCUGGGCGCGGCCAUGGGCGGCGGUUCCGUGCUGCCUCACCUCGGGGACGUGGGGCGCGUGGAGUGCCAACUGCCGGGGCUGUGGGGCUCCGCGCUGGUGCCGCUGGUCACCGUGCAGCCGCAGCAGUUCCUGUGCACAUACCGCCGCCACUGCUUCACGCUGUGCCACUGCUGCGACUUCGACGCGUGCGACUGCGAGCAGACGUGCCCGCGCAACUGUACGUGCUACCACGACCACACGUGGACGCACAACGUGGUGGACUGCAGCGGCGGGUGGACGGCCAUGCCCUCGGGCGUGCCCAUGGACGUGACGGAGGCCUUCAUGGACGGCAACGCCAUGGGCGCCCUCACCUCGCACGCCCUCAUCGGCCGCAAGAACCUGCGCGUGCUGCACCUCAACCACUCUGAGGUGACGGCCAUCCAGAACAGGACCUUCAACGGCCUCAAGGCGCUGCAGGUGCUGCGCCUCGACCACAACCUGCUGGCCGAGCUGCGCGGCCACGAGUUCCUCGACCUGCACGACCUGCGCGAGCUGUACUUGCAGCACAACCGCCUGCGCCACCUCAGCAACGCCACCUUCGUGCCGCUGCGCGCCAUCGAGGUGCUGCGCCUGGACCACAACCUGCUCACCACCUUCCCCGUGUGGACGCUGCGUCACAACUUGUUCCUGCUGGAGGCGGGCCUACACCACAACCCCUGGAGCUGCGAGUGCGCCUUCCUGGCCGACCUGCGCCUGUGGCUGGAGGCAAACCGCAUCAAGGCCACCAACGCCAGCCUGGUGCGCUGCCGCCACAACAGCACAGGCGCCGCCGGCCCGCCCGUGCUGUCCGACACGCCCCUGCGCUGCGACCACUACGUGGCCACCACGCGCAUCAACAGCCUCAUCGUGCACGACUACCUCAUGAUGCUGCUCAUCACCGCGGUGCUGCUGCUGCUGCUGCUGGCCGCCGCGCUCACCGUCUUCGCCUACCGCCGCCGCCUGCGCCUGUGGGCGGUGGGCCGCUACGGCAAGCGCCUCUUCGAGAAGUCCUCGGCCUACGUAGAGGAGCGCGAGAAGCUGUUCGACGCCUUCGUCACGCACAGCGCCAAGGACGCCACCUGGGUGUGCGGCCUCAUGGCGCCCGAGCUGGAGGCGUCGGGCUACCGCGUGUGCGUGGCGCAGCGGGACUGCGGCGGCGC